GGCACAUCGGGCUGGACUCCGGGCAGAGGCACAUCGGAUUACCAGGCGAAGCAGCAGGCAGCGGGCCACCAGGCGGAGCAGCAGGCACCGGGCCACCAGGCGGAGCAGCAGGCACCGGGCCACCAGGUGGAGCAGCAGGCAGCGGGCCACCGGGCGGAGCAGCAGGCACCGGGCCACCGGGCGGAGCAGCAGGCACCGGGCCCCCAGGCAGGGCGACAGGCAUCGGGCCCCCAGGCGGGGGCGACAGGCCCCCAGGCGGGGCGACAGGCAUCGGGCCCCCUGGCGGAGCGGCGGGCGCCGGACCCCCAGGCGGAGCGGCGGGCGCAGGACCCCCAGGCGGAGCGA